CCAGGCUCCAUGGCCAGACUAUCUGGGUCCAAUCCUAGCUUUCCCCCUGUCUAGCUGGGAAAAGCUGGUUACUUGACUUUCAUGUCUCAGUUUCUUCUUCUGUGAAAAAGCCAGAGUGCCCCUCUCUUGAGGUUGUUGUGCAGAUUAAGAAAGUUAAUCCAGGCCCAUGGCCGAUGGAGCCUGCGAUGGAGCUGGAGACUCUGGAUGCGCGAAUCAACAGAGCCAUCAACCCCCUGAAAAAGGAGCUGAACCGGACCAGCAUCAACAGCUUCUGCAAGCAGCUCAACGAGGACUUCGAGGAGCCUCCACUUGCCACCCAGCUGUUGGCUCACAAGAUCCAGUCACCACAGGAGUGGGAGGCGAUCCAAGCCCUGACAUUUCUGGAAACAUGCAUGAAGAGCUGUGGCAAAAGGUUCCAUGACAAGGUGGGUAAGUUCUGCUUUCUCUACGAGCUCAUCAAGGUUGUGUCUCCCAAGUACCUGGGCUUGCGGAUGUCGGAGAAGGUGAAGAACAAGAUCUUGGAGCUCCUCUAUAGCUGGAUGGUCAGCCUGCCCGAGGAAGUGAAAAUCGCAGAGGCCUACCAGAUGCUGAAGAAGCAGGGGAUUGUGAAGUCUGACCUGAAGCUACCAGAUGAUGCCACAUUUCCUCUUCCUCCUCCACGACCCAAGAAUGUGAUCUUCGAAGAGGAGGAGAAAUCCAAGAUGCUGGCCCACUUGCUGAAGAGCUCCUACCCCGAGGACCUCUGAGCAGCCAACAAACUCAUCAAGGACGUGGUGCAGGGGGACCAGAAGCAGAUGGAGAAGAUCUCAAAGCAGGUGAGCGCCAUUGAGGAGGUCAACAACAAUGUGAAGCUGCUGACCGAGAUAGUGAUGAGCCACAGCCAGGGCGGGGCCUCAGCCCGCAGCAGCGGGGACCUCAUGAAGGAGCUGUACCAGUGCUGUGAACGGAUGCAGCCAGCACUUUUCCGACUGGCCAGUGACACAGAAGACAAUGGCGAGGUCUUAGCUGAGAUCCUGCAGGCCAAGGACAACCUCACCCAGUACAACCUGUACAAGCAGCUGCUGAGGGGUGAACGGCGAUGCGGCAGCUGGCUCCCUCCCUGGGAGCACCUUGGCCCUGCUGGACCUCUCUGGCCUGGAUCUCCCUCCUACGGGCACCACCUGCCCUGCCAUGCCCACCUGCUUUACUGACCUGGCCAGCCCCAAGCAGCCUAGCACCUCAGUUUCCCUGCUUGAUGAUGAGCUCACGUCUCUGGGACUAAGCGACCCCAUACCCCCUCCAGGACCAAGCUUGGACAGUGCCAGAUGGAACAGCUUCCAGUCUUCUGAUGGCACGGAACCCCCAGCCCCGCCUCGGGUCCCCAACAUGGACAGCCAGCCCCCUGCACAGAUGUCCCUGCCAGUGAGCAGUGGUCUGGAUGACCUGGAUCUCCUGGGGAAGACACUCCUGCAGUAGUCACUGCCCCCAGAGCCCCAGCAAGUGUGGUGGGAGAAGUAGCAGCCAGCACCCCUGGCUCACACUUCAGGACCUGCAGAAUAAAAACAACUGCAGCUCGCCUAGC